UGCAGGUGACAGAUCCUGCCACUACUUAGCACUGCUUGUUGGACAGCCUCGUGAUCUUUUCUCGCUGUCCUGCUACCACCACCUCGAGCUUUUCUGCAUUGAUACCCUUUACUAUUCCUGCGUCUGACGCCAGGCGCAGCACUUAAUGAUCAAGUUUGUGAACAACCUGAAUCUGACGCCUCGUUCAGUUUCACAUGUCACGGCCUCACCCUUUACUCUCCUUUGAGGUAGACACCUCAGGACAGGAUACUUCCAGCAAAGACGACAGUUUUGAUUCGGAUGUCCGGAAAUCUUGGUAUCAUUACCUACCACUAUGCUUACUACUUUUCCUCAUGGUGGCUCCUCAUCCUUCAUUGCUCAUUGUCCUCGUAAAUCACUAUCUUUUUACAUUGAACAAGCCCAUAGUUUGCGUUAUUCAUACGCUGAUCAUUUAUACCCUCGAAUUCCUUGCCUUUUGUUCUUUGAUGGUUUGCGUAGCUCGUGAUCCCGGUCCAGUACACUUUGAUGCUUCCGACCACGAUUCUACCGACCAGCGUGAAGAUAUGGGCCUCGCGGAAGCUUUGAUGACCAUGGGGAACACAGAUGACGAUUGUAGUCCUGAAAAGUUUUGUCGGAAAUGUUGGGUACCUAAACCGGAGCGUGCGCAUCAUUGCAGCAUCUGUGGUCGUUGCGUUUUGAAGAUGGGUGAGUUUAUACACUUCAGGCAACUACGCUGGAGGCUUAACAUACUAGAUCAUCAUUGUCCUUGGCUUGGAGCUAAAUGCGUCGGAUAUAGAACAUACCCAGCAUUUGUUCAUUUCUUGACUUGCAUCACCGCUUUCUCCGCAUAUACCACUAUUAUAUCUAUUUCUGCAUUCUGGUGGUCUUUCAAUAAUCCACUUCUGGUUUUGGACCAGUCUACCCCCGUUCAUGAAUUAUUACUCGCCGCUGCCGGCGUGAUUUUUACUCUGGUUGUUGGUUCCUUCUGGGUGUACCAUGUUUACCUCAUUACUACUAACCAGACUACUGUCGAAGCCAUCUCACCAUUCUUGUUAUUGAGAUAUAUCCCUCCAUUACCGGCGUCCAUGAAGUUGUCUGAUCCCCCAAUGGAGGACGAGUUGUCAUACAAUCAACGCAGAGUGGUUCGUGACGCACAUAACUCCGUGCGUAUGUACGAUGUCGGGUGGCGGAGGAACUGGGCGCAAGUUUUUGGAUGGAGUAAGCCGCGAGGAUGGAUUUAUCUUCUCCUCAUCGGCGGCGAGGGGAACAGUGAUGGGCGGUCAUUCCCGCGCAACCCACGCUCGCAGGUGAUGUUAUCCCAACUCGCGGCGCGCCUCGAGAAGGAGGCUUGAAAUGGAACUGUUGGGUGCCUUGGUGUACAUGCUCCUUAAAGUAUUACAACCUGAUGUACUUCUGUGAGAAUGGACAACAAACGGACAGUGUGCAUGGACGGUAUUUAAUGCUGGGUUAAAGCGCUGCAGAACAGGUCAACUUUGGCCAAAAUCUACUUUAUUUUUUGAUCUGUCCACAAUACGUUAACCGAAUCUGCAGGUGAUAUGCUAUUUACACAUUUCUAUUGGGAAGUUAAGGUCCUUUUUCACGCCUUUAGCUCAGGUGCUCAUCACAUCUACGUAGGCAGAAUUUCUAGCUCGUGUCGCUGUUAUAUAAUUCCGUUACUCACCCAUCCCUUUGGGGUGGUAUUGUUUCUGUGUGAUAAGUUGUACCUUCAAAGGCGUGGAGAUAAGCGCUGC